ACCUUCAUGCUGCUGCUGUAUAAAUUCUGCUCAGUGUGAACAGACACACAGUUACUGUUACAAUGGUACCCCCUGUUGCACCAAUUAUUGCGGCUGCUGUCGGAGCAGUCGUCACUGCUGUGGCAGCUCCGGUUGUGAUUUCAGCAGCUGGUUUCACAAGUGGUGGCAUUGCUGCCGGAUCCCUGGGGUCAUGGAUGAUGUCGUCAGCUGCCAUUGCUAAUGGUGGCGGUGUUGCUGCAGGAAGUGCUGUGGCCUUCCUGCAGGCUGCUGGGGCAGCCGGCCUUACUGUUGCUGCCAAAGUUGCUGUUGCUUCUGCAGGAGCUGCUGUUGGUGGUGUAGCCGGUGCAGUAGCUAUGCUAUUCCCUUAAAGAAACUUUGCUUUACUGUUGAUGGUAAAAAAAAUAAAGUUGUGAAAUCCAUUUGACUGAACAAGAUUGGAGAUUGUUUGAAUUGUUUAGCCAGUUCAUUCAAUUAUUUCUGUUAACAGUAAAUGUUAAGGUUAAUUUAAUAUUCUCUUCAAAACUUGUUCUGGUGCUCAUCAACCAUGCAGCUGAAUGAGGAUCUAAAACAUGAAAAAGUAUAUUAAUAUAUUACAAGUUUUACUCUUCAACAUAGUGAAAUUGCAGUGAAGAUGAACUGUACUUGAGGCCACAGCAUCUAAUCCACUAGCACACCAUCGCCUAGAUACGAGUUUGAAUCUUAGCUGUGCUAGUGUUGAAAAAUCAUUGCCGCAGUACAUUUGUGGCCUCUGCUCUCUGGUUAAGUCACAUGCACUAGCAAUGGAUGAUCUGGAGAACUUUGCUCUCUUUGCGGACAGAUGAAAAGUGGUUAGCGAUUACAGAUGUGUGUGUGUGUGUGUUUGCCCUGUGAUGGACUUGCGACCUGUCUGGGGUGGUUUUUUUUUUACCUUUUGCCCACUGAAUUGUACCUAACGCGACCCUGAAUAAAAGAUAAACUGGUGGUAAAA